AUGAUUUAACCAAUUUGUAUUGAUCUUUAAGAAGAAAAUGUUUGGUAUUUAAUAGUUAGGAUCAGCAUUAGUAAAUAAGAAUCAAUUUCAAGAGCAUUUGUUUGUUAUGACAAACCAAAUUCUAUUGAUCUUAAAUAAUAUGAUGCAUGGAAUGCCAAGGGUACUUAAUUCUUAAAUUUUAAUAUUAAGGAUAAGCACUACUCGAUCUGAAUCAAUAUGAAGAAGCAAUCGAAUGCUACAUAAAAGCUAUUUCUGUUAAUUCUAAAAUUGAGUCAGCAUGGUAUGGUAAAGGUAAUUAAUUGUUAAAUAUUAAUAUUUAGGAUUGGCAUUAAACAGUUUGAAUAGGUAUCAAGGAGCAAUUGAAUGUUUCGAAGAAGUUAUUUCUAUUAAUCCAAUAAGUGAUUCAGCAUGGAAUUGCAAGGGUAAAUAAUUGUUAGUAUUAAUAUUUUGGAUGGGCAUUAAGAAAUUUGAAUCAUUAUCAAGAAGCAAUUGAAUGCUACAACCAAGCUAUUUCUAUUAAUUAAAAAAAUGAUUCAACAUGGUUUGGUAAAGGUAAUGAUUUGUUCAAUAUAAUAAUUAGGGUAUUCAUUAAGCCAUUUGAACCAAUAUAAAGAAGCAAUUAAAUGCUAUAAUGAAGCAAUUGUUAUAAAUUCUAAGUGUUAUAAAGCAUGGUUUAACAAGGGUACUGAAUUCUUAAUCAUUUGUAUUUAGGAAAUGCAUUAAGAAAUUUGAACCAAUAUUAAGAAGCAAUUUAGUGCUACGACGAAGCUAAUUUUAUCAAUCCUAAUUCUUAUGAGGUAUGGUUUAACAAGGGUAAAUAAUAGUUAAAUAUUAAUGAUUAGGGAGUGCAUUAAGCCAUAUGAAUUAAUAUCAACAAGCAAUUUUAUGUUACGACUUAUCUAUAUCGAUUAAUCCAAAAUAUGACUCAGCUUUUAAUGGCAAAGGUAAUAACUUGUUAAAUAUAAAUACUUAGGCAAGGCAUUAAGAAAUCUGAAUCAAUUUCAAAAAGCAAUUCAAUGCUAUAACAAAGCUAUCUCUAUUAAUUAAAAAAAUGAUUCUACAUGGUUUGGCAAGGGUAAUAAACUCUUAAAUAGUAAUAUUUAGGGUUGGUAUUAUAUAAAUUGAAAUAAUAUGAGGAAGCAAUUUAAUGUUACAAUGAAGCAAUUACUAUUAAUCCGUAAUUUGAUACUGCUUGGAAUAACAAAGGUAAUUAAUUGUUUAAUAUAUUAUUUAGGGUUGGCAUUAUAAAAAUUGAAUCAAUAUGAGGAAGCAAUUAAAUGUUACAAUGAAGCAAUAGCUAUUAAUCCUUAAUUUGAUACUGCUUGGAAAAACAAAGGUAAUUAAUUUUUUCAUAUAUUAUUUAGGAUUAGUAUUAAAUAAUUUGAAUCAAUAACAAGAAGCAAUUUAAUGCUACAAUGAAGCAAUAUCUAUUAACCCUAAUAAUACUUUUGCAUGGUAAAAUGAGGGUAAUAAAUUCCUAAAUAGUAAUAUUUAGGGUUAGUAUUAUAUCAAUUGAACCAAUAUUAAGAAGCAAUUAAAUGCUACAAAAAAGCAAUAUCUAUUAAUCCUUAAUUUGGUUCAGCUUGGUAUAAUAAGGGUAAAUAAUUUCUAUAUAUUAAUAUUUAGGAUUAGCAGUAUAAAAAUUGAAUCAAUAUGAGGAAGCAAUUAAAUGUUACAACGAAGCAAUAGCUAUUAAUCCUAAUUUAUCUUCUGCAUGGUAAAAUAAGGGUAAUGAAUUCUUAAAUAGUAAUAUUAAGGGUUGGUAUUAUAUAAAUUGAACCAAUAUUAAGAAGCAAUUAAAUGCUACAACAAAGCAAUAUCUAUUAAUCCUAAUUGUUCUUCAUCAUGGAAUAAUAAGGGUAAAUAAUUGCUAUAUAUUAAUAUUAAGGAUUAGCAGUAUAAAAAUUGAAUCAAUAUGAGGAAGCAAUUAAAUGUUACAACGAAGCAAUAGCUAUUAAUCCUUAAUUUGAUACUGCUUGGAAUAACAAAGGUAAUUAAUUGUUUCAUAUAUUAUAUAGGAUUAGCAUUAAAUAAUUUGAAUCAAUAACAAGAAGCAAUUUAAUGCUACAAUGAAGCAAUAUCUAUUAACCCUAAUUUAUCUUCUGCAUGGUAAAAUAAGGGUAAUGAAUUCUUAAAUAGUAAUAUUAAGGGUUGGUAUUAUAUAAAUUGAACCAAAAUUAAGAAGCAAUUAAAUGCUACAACAAAGCAAUAUCUAUUAAUCCUAAUUGUUCUUCAUCAUGGUAUAAUAAGGGUAAAUAAUUGCUAUAUAUUAAUAUUUAGGAUUAGCAGUAUAUAAAUUGAAACAAUAUAAGGAAUCAAUUAAAUGUAACAAUGAAGCAAUAGCUAUUAAUCCUUAAUUUGAUACUGCUUGGAAUAACAAAGGUAAUUAAUUGUUAAAUAUUAUUAUUUAGGAUUGGCAUUAUAUAUAUUAAAUCAAUAUCAAGAAGCAAUUAUAUGUUUAGAUAAAGCAAUUUCUAUUGACCCUAAUUAUUCUCCUGCAUACUAUAACAAGGGUAAAUAAUUAUUAAAUAUUAAUAAUUUAGGUAAUGUUUUAAAAAAAUUGAAAAAAUAUCAAGAAGCAAUUGAAUGUUAUAAUUUUGCAAUUGCUAUUAACCCUAAAAAUGAUUUAGCAUUUGAAAAUAAAGGUAAAUAUUUUAUUUUUUUAGGUUUAACCCUACAUACAAUAUAAAAAUUUAUGGAUGCACUUUCACAUUUUGAACAAGCCCUUUUAAUUAAAACUAAUGCUCUUAGAUUUAAAUUUAAAGGUAAAUUUUAUGUAAUUGAAUUAAGCGGAUUCACUAUUUGAAUUACGCAGAAAAUAAGAAGCAAAAUACUUUUAUUUGGCUGCAUAGGGACUGGGAUUGGGUCAGAAUGCCUAUAUUCAAAGUUAACUGUCAAAAUUAUGA